AUUAAAGACAGGUGGGUAUAUGACAGAGACUCAGAGACAGAGAGAGAGAGAGAGAGAGACGCGCAUUCAGCUGAUGAACUCAAAGGCUCAAUUGCACUCGUUUGAAAUCUAGAGCGGAAUCCCUGAACCCCGAUAUCCAGGAUGAAUAACCCCCCCGCAGGGAGCGCCCUCACCGCCUCGGCCCCCAUCGAGGUCAGCGCCACCCCCAAAAAGGGACCCCCCAAAUUUAAGCAGAGGCAGACGAGGCAGUUCAAGAGCAAGCCCCCCAAGAAGGGAAUCAAGGGAUUUGGAGAUGAUAUUCCAGGAAUGGAGGGACUUGGAACAGAUAUCACUGUUAUUUGCCCCUGGGAGGCAUUCAGUCAUUUGGAGCUUCAUGAACUUGCCCAAUUUGGCAUCGUCUAGGCAACGGAACCAGAAUGGCCUUCCUGUCCCAUCGCCAUGGCUACAUAUCAACUCACUGUAUCAAAACCUGCAGAGGAGAAGUGGGGACAAUUUACAUUGGAGCUACUGACAUAGACCUUAUCUGCUUAGAUCCGUCUGUGUGUGUGUGUGUGUGUGUGUGUGUGUGUGUGUGUGUGUGUGUGUGUGUCUGUGUGUGUGUGUGUGUGUGUGUGUGUGUGUGUGUGUGUGUGUGUGUGUGUCUGUGUGUGUGUGUGUGUGUGUGUGUGUGUGUGUGUGUGUGUGUGUGUGUGUACAAA